UCUCCCUGGAACCAGAUGGUUCCUGUUGGGUUGUUCUGAGGUAGAAGGUCCAGAUGUCAACUCUGUCAGCCUGCUGGGUUCUGGUUCUGGUUCUGGUUCUGGUUCUUGCUCUGGUUCUGUUUCUGUUCUGAUUCUGUUCUGUUUCUGAACUCUGAGAUCAGACGCUUCGCUCUCCUGGUUUUUCUUCAGCUUCCUGUUCUGAGUUAUUUAAUGUUUAGUAGAGUCCUGAUAUGAUGGUAUUUUCUUUAUAAUACACACUUUAAAUACCGUGAAGUUAAUAAAAUGAACCCAGAGUACCUGUCUGAGGACAAAACAGCUCUGCAACGCUUCAACACAAGGUUCCUGAACAUCUACAGGUUCCUGAACAUCUACAGGUCCAUGAACAUCUACAGGUUCCUGAACAUCUACAGGUUCCUGAACAUCUACAGGUCCAUGAACAUCUACAGGUUCCUGAACAUCUACAGGUUCCUGAACAUCUACAGGUCCAUGAACAUCUACAGGUUCCUGAACAUCUACAGGUUCCUGAACAUCUACAGGUCCCUGAACAUCUACAGGUCCAUGAACAUCUACAGGUCCCUGAACAUCUACAGGUCCAUGAACAUCUACAGGUUCCUGAACAUCUACAGGUCCCUGAACAUCUACAGGUCCAUGAACAUCUACAGGUUCCUGAACAUCUACAGGUCCAUGAACAUCUACAGGUUCCUGAACAUCUACAGGUUCCUGAACAUCUACAGGUCCAUGAACAUCUACAGGUUCCUGAACAUCUACAGGUUCCUGAACAUCUACAGGUCCAUGAACAUCUACAGGUUCCUGAACAUCUACAGGUUCCUGAACAUCUACAGGUCCAUGAACAUCUACAGGUUCCUGAACAUCUACAGGUUCCUGAACAUCUACAGGUCCCUGAACAUCUACAGGUUCCUGAACAUCUACAGGUCCAUGAACAUCUACAGGUUCCUGAACAUCUACAGGUCCAUGAACAUCUACAGGUUCCUGAACAUCUACAGGUUCCUGAACAUCUACAGGUCCAUGAACAUCUACAGGUUCCUGAACAUCUACAGGUCCAUGAACAUCUACAGGUCCAUGAAGAUCUACAGGUCCAUGAACAUCUACAGGUCCCUGAACAUCUACAGGUCCAUGAAGAUCUACAGGUCCAUGAACAUCUACAGGUUCCUGAACAUCUACAGGUCCAUGAACAUCUACAGGUCCAUGAACAUCUACAGGUCCAUGAACAUCUACAGGUCCCUGAACAUCUACAGGUCCAUGAACAUCUACAGGUUCCUGAACAUCUACAGGUUCCUGAACAUCUACAGGUCCAUGAACAUCUACAGGUUCCUGAACAUCUACAGGUCCAUGAACAUCUACAGGUCCAUGAAGAUCUACAGGUCCAUGAACAUCUACAGGUCCCUGAACAUCUACAGGUCCAUGAAGAUCUACAGGUCCCUGAACAUCUACAGGUCCCUGAACAUCUACAGGUCCCUGAACAUCUACAGGUCCAUGAACAUCUACAGGUUCCUGAACAUCUACAGGUCCCUGAACAUCUACAGGUCCAUGAACAUCUACAGGUCCCUGAACAUCUACAGGAUCCUGUUCUGACCCAAACCAGGCUGGUCCUGAACCUGAACAGGUAGAACGAGGCUGAGGUCAUAAACUGAAUAAAUAAGGAGUAAAGAUGGAACACAAACCUCAGUCUAAUGAUGAACCUGCUUCAUCCCCCUGGACCCCUGUAGACAUCAGAUUUAAAGAUUUUUAAACAUAUUGAAACAAACAUAUUUAACCUGUAACCAGCUGAUGUUUGCCUUUUGAACGCUGAUCAUUAUGAAUUCUCAUCAAACCACUUCCAUCCAGACAUCGUUUUGUUCCUCUUUUGUUCAUUUUCAGUACAUUCCUAGAAACAUUUAAAGCUCUGGUUUCUGGUAGGACCUAAUGUAAUAUGUGUCUGUUAUUAUAAUAGUAAUUAUGUUAUUAUUAUAUAUCUGUUGUUAUUAUAUAUUUAUUAUUAUUAUUCUAUGUCUAGUCGAGCUACAGACACAUUAACUAUCUACACUUUUUUAGCAUCUGCUGCAAAACAAAAACACAAAUAAUUUUUUAAUGUAAUUGUAAAUAAA